UCAUCCGUUUUAAAAAAAUUGUGCAGUUCAAAUUGAUUUGAUAUUUUAUCUAUUGAAUAAUAUCAUAAAAUGAAAGAAAUCGUUGGAAGAUGGUAUAAAAUUGUGGAGAAUACACCCACAUAUUUAUCACGCAGCGUCCAAGACCUUGUACUAAAAAAAGGCUUCGUAGGAACGGCAAGUAGUGACGCCAGUCUAAAAUUUGCCACAGACGAUCUACUGGAUAUUUCAAAUGUUUCAUCUCUCUUACGUCACGCUGAUGAGAACUUGCUUCACCCAACUGAGCGUAAUGCAGAAUGGUACAGCCAAACCAUUGAUGAUGUUGCACCCUAUCUUGAAAAUGUUAGAAUGAAAAUGAAGGUUAUGCCACAAGAGGAAUUAAAAGGUCUUAUGAAGCUGUGUGCUUGGAUGCAUCAACCCCAGAUAAUUUACCUAUGUUUUGAUCUGCUAAGCAGGGAAGAUGAAGUAGCUCUCAACUCCCACGAAUGCCUCCUGCUCAUAACUGCUGCACUUGAGAGAGCUCUUGGCAAUUUGUUUUUACAUGGAGAUCGAAACAAAAAGGUCCCAUCUUUGUUCCGGGAUCUGUUGGCCUCACGAGAGUUGCACGUGAUACUGGGCAUAUCGCAAGUAGUCCUUUUACAGCUGUUGCUUGGCAAUCCACUGUCUCUCAAUCUGAGGAACCUGAUCUGGCAUGGCUUCGUCAGUUUUCUCGACUGGGACACCCAUGGCUAUGCUUCCGUCUUGUUAUUUGUUUGCGCUUCUAUAGGUCGACAUUUGGACGGCUGCCGAUCGAUAGUAAGCGUCAAUGAAAUCAUCCCGAGACGCUGGGCCACUUUUAAGCAGCAUCAGCAGGGACGCAAGUGGCCGAAAUGGUCAGAGUUUAUGGAAGAAGAGAUGUUGGUAGAGGCGGUUUCAACGACGAGAGGAUUACCCAGCAGCCGCAAGGCCAUUUGGCACCGAGCCAUUAUACAUCAUCAGAGAGGCCGUUACGGUCGCUGCUGCGCGCUGAUCAUGCCCGAAAUAGAGCAUACGCUCCGAUUGAUUUACUGCGCCACGAACGACUGCCCUUCGCGAGCCCUGACUGCUGAAUCCGUCGUCCACUACACAACACUCGACGUCAUCCUGGAAUGCGGCAACGGAGAUGAUUCAAACAAACCCCGUAUGGCCGACUUUUUGGGCAACGGACUGUUUCUUGCCUUGCUUGAUAUUUUCGUCCAAACUGAAGGGCCAAGAGUUCGCGAUCGGUUCAGUCAUGGCGAGUGUCAAUUGUGGGAUAUCAACGUCCAAUUGUCCAGACACUUGCUCGCAUUAUCGACGGCAAUCCUAUGGCGAGCCGAUGAUGAGAAAGUCUCUUGCGUUCCUCACUAUUCACCGGAUUACACCCCAGCCGCUUUAUUUCACGGCGAACUGAUCCAAACUAUCCAAGCUAUCGAACAUUGGCUUUCUUUAGCUAUCGUCGACGUCGACCAGCCUGCCGUCGACUUGUCUGCCUGGCCAGGCCAAUGCCUCCCGCUGAUUAGCGACUGGCUCCAUAACUGGUCCACUUCGGUUAAUCACCUAUUAAUAAAUCGCCUUGAAGAGGAGAAUAGCCGGGAAAUAAACGAUGUUGUCAUCAAGACAAACCGUUGUCCGCUAUCCGCCACCUGGCGUCGAAUGAUGAGCCAGAUCGCAUUGGGUAGCCAACGCAUGACGGCUCAUUACAACGAAAGAAAUAGUAGUGCUUCAAGUACAUUGUCGUCUUGGUCGUUACGGUCUCGACAGCGCUCCACUCAUGCCCGGCUGGACAGUUACAUGUGCCUAUUCGUAAGGGCUGUCCAACUUUCCUUGCUCUUUCCCAUAGCCGUGAGUUGUGGAGGCCAAGUCAUUGUCAACCAUGCGCCGACAGUGCGGCGAAUGAAACGGAACGUCACUCGCUGGGCAGACAAUUUCGCCAGUGCGUCAGUCAAUAACCGUUGGGUGGAUCUGGCAGAAUGCGCAAAAGAAUCGAUUCAAUCAAUGGAAAUUCUCCUUGCAUCCGCCGUCGUCUUUGUCCAACAAAAUUCUCAGAUCCGGCCUUCCAAUUCAUCCGGUAUUUUUUCUUCCGUCACAUCCGCCUAGUGCUACAAAUAGUCUUUAAAAGUCACGAAGGACUUGUAUUGUAUGCGUUGUUAAUAAUAGACCAACUCACCCUUCA